UAACAUAUGUUUAUUUUUCACGGUGUGAGUAUUUAAGUGCCUCUAUUAGCAAUUCUAAUGCAUUUUCCGUCGAAACAUCACAAUAUUCGUAAUUCUACUACUUGAUACGUUAUUAUAGUGCGAGUUAAUUAAUUAAAAAUAAAAAUCCACACGGUUGGUCAUCCUGUAAAAAUAAUAAGGUGGAAUGUGAAAUCCCUACUUAUCUGGCCUUUGUGUUUUUAUCUUAUGUUGCGUGUUCAAGUUACGAUAAGAUCCCAGAAAUCUAUUGCGUUCAUAGAAUUCAUGUAUAAUUCGUUACAACUUUAGUGUGUGUUACGAUUCUUUGAUUAAUCAUGUCUCAACCCGAAUUCGUUAGCGAAGAUCUGGACUUCCUUUAUAGGCAAUUUCCGACUCUUUCCCCAGAGAUUAUUAAUAUGGUGGCAUCACAGCACCAAUAUAAUAUCCAAAGAACAGGUUUUUAUCUUUAUGAAAUUGCGAAGCAAAGUACUAAAGAGCCAGAAAGUAGAGAAGAGAAAUCAAGAAUUGUCAACAUAAUAAGAGAUGGUUGGAAAAUAAUUGUUUUGAUGCGUGGACUCCCUGGGAGUGGAAAAACGCAUCUUGCGAAUGAAAUAUUUCGAGCUUCCAAUAUUAAAUAUCCCGCGGAACAAUUUAUUUUGAGUACAGAUGAUUAUUUUAAGCAAGGUGGAGGAUAUAAUUACGAUGUUAAGAAAUUGGAAACCGCCCACGAUUGGAAUCAACAGCGUUGUCAUAAAUUGAUGUGUAAAGGUUUUAGCCCUGUUAUCAUUGACAAUACAAAUCUGGUAGCUUGGGAAAUGAAGGUUUAUUGCUUGAUGGCAGUGGAAUAUGGGUAUAUAAUUGAAAUUUUGGAACCAAACACCGAUUGGGCUUGCGACCCAAGCAUUCUAGCCAAGAAAAAUAAGCACAACGUUCCUAAAGAUAAAAUAAUAAAAAUGUUAAACAAAUACGAUCAAUCAAUCACCACUUUGUCUUUGGCGCGGGAAUUUCAAUUAAGAUAUAAGCAGAGUAUCCCUCAAAAACGGUUGUUUCCUCCAUUAUUUAUGGGAUCAGAAGAAAAUUAUGCUAACUUUGAUUGCAAUGUAACUCAACGGAGAGGAGUGACAACAAAAAAUUUGGCCAGCUCUAACUCGAUGGAUAAUUUCGAUUUUUUGUUUGGGAAAAAACCUGAAGAUGAAGAACCGAUUAUCGAAUAUGUUCAUCGUUUUGAUACUAAAAAGGAAGAGGUGAAGGGAAAUAAUUCUAAGGAAGAAGUUAAGGUGGAUAAUAAUGCUACCAUACUUUACCCAUCUAUUGAAUCAUUAGAACAAAAUAAAUCAUCGGGCGAGAUUAAAAACAUUCAAAACGACCCCAACACAAAUCAAGGUGAACUUAAACCGGACGAAUCUAAAACCUCGGGAAUUGAAUCGAAAAAAAGUUACUCAAGCGAACCAAACGCGACAGAAAGUAAAUCCGUAAUGAAUUUAAUUGAUUUAUUGGAUGAUAAUACAUCCUCUGCCCCAAACACAGCUUUAAAUCUUUAUGGGGCUUUUCCGUUAAUGCCCACCAAUGUUUCAUCAAUUAAUCAGAUUCAUUUAACCCAAACAACUCAAAAUAAAAGUUCUGAUUUAAAGUCAUCAAGUUCAAACGAAAAGAAUCAUUUAACUGCUUGGGGUACGAAUGAGAAAGCUUUACAAUCGUGGAAUACGGUUGUAAGUGUCCCAUCAACUAAGUUACCUAUUGAAAUGGAUUUUGAAAUUUAUAAGAAAAUAGAUGAUGCUUCGCGUCCGAGAAUCCAACACUCUGAUAAAACCACAAAUACUCACGCCGAUGAUUUUCGUUUCGCUUUAAACUGUAAAGAAGCUGAUGGAGUUUCGGUAAUAAACACCAAAAAUCGUUCGAUUAACCCAAGUGGUAUUGCAAUUGUACAAAGUGUACCAAGAAAAAGAAUCACCGUUGAUAUAGGUUGUAUGACCAUAGAGGAAGAGGUCGCAACAAUCCCAGAAAACAAUAAAACCCAAGUCGAGCAACAAUUAAAAGACUUCUUUCCACAUAUUCCAAUCGAAUAUAUGUUGGAGAUAUACGACAAAUGCAAACAAGAUAUAAAUUGGACGAUGGAGUUGUUAUUAGAGACUCCGUAUGAUCCAAAAUUAGAAGUUGAGAAAAAAAAAGUAAUUGUUCAAAAUGAACUUCCAACAAAUAAUUUUAAUGAUGCGGCUAAAUCUUCCGAAACAGUAUCGAAAAAGGAUCAAUUAAAACAAGAAAAAAUUGAAUUAAAAAAGCAAUUCGAAGAAAACGUUACGUUUAAAAAAGAACAUUACUCAGACUUUCUUUGGGGAUUAAAAAAUCAACGUCAAGGAACCUCUCAAACAUCAAAAACUCCCCCAAUAACUCCUCAAAUUUCGACGGAUGAAACACAAGAUGUUGAUGAUGAUUUCGAUGAAGAAGUUGUUCAAAUAAAUUUGGGUCGCGAAUUGGUGGAACAACUCGAAAAACAGCUUGGGAAUGAAGCGUUUAUUAAUAAAAAUUUAGCCACGAAUGUACAAAUGCCUAUUUCGUUGGUAAAACAAAUUCACGCACUUUAUUUGCAAUCGGUUUGUCAACAAAUUGAAGAACAAAAUUUGUUGGUUAAUAAAGACGAGGAAUAUGCGCAUAAAUUGAAUCAUGAACAACAAGAGGAGGCUAAUGGCCCGAAUUUAUCCGUGAUUAUGGACGAGCAAUUAGCUAUGUUUUGCCAAAAAAAAGAAAAUGAACAAUAUAAAACGAUGGCGCCACAAACAUUAGCGAUGAUUAUGAAAAAGAAAAAAUUGUAUGAAUCGUUUCCAACUGUUAAUAAUGCCAUGAUCGAUAAAUUAUUAGAGAGUCAUAAUUAUAAUUAUGAUGAGGUUGUUGAUACUUUAAUAGCUAACGUUAAUCAUAAAUACAUCGUUUCGGAUGGAAAUGUUCGAGAAGAUCCAAUUUCAGAUGCAUUGGUUCGAGAUAUGGUUCAAAAUAAAACGAUUGUUGAACAAAUUAAAAGUGAUGAAGAUUACAAUAACGCCCAACAAUAUCGUGACGAUGCGAUUUCUUACGCACAAAAAGCUCAACAUUUACAAAACGUCGCGCAGCAAUAUCAUCGUAAAGGAAUGGGACAAGUGGCGGUUUUCUACUCGAAAUUAGCGGAAGAUUUGCGUCGUAAGCGCGAUCUUUGCGAUCAAAAAGCGACGUAUUUUUACCUUGUCGAAAAUUUUAAAAGUAAAGACACGCUCGAUCUUCACUAUUUAAAAGUUACCGAAGCUUUGAUUUCUUUGGACAUUUAUAUCGAUAAAUGCGUCUCAAAAUUGGUUAAACCUACCGAUUAUUUUAUUAUUACCGGGCAAGGAAAUCGAAGUGUUGGUGGAAUAUCAAAAUUAAGACCGGCCGUUAUUGGUACAUUAAAAAAAAGGAAUAUUCGAUUUACUUUUAUCAACGAUGGUAUGUUGAAGAUUAAGUUACACAAAAAUGUUGUUAUGACCAAUGAUUUAAAAAAAUAAUCUAUUUCCUUAUUUUUAUCUUCAUAAUAAUUAAGUAUCAUGUUCUAAUUUUGCCAUAUGUUUUAUCAUGUAUUAGUUUCAACCAAGAUAAAGAAUAAUCGUAACUAUUAAAUUUCUUUUAAAAACAUUUCUUUAUAUUUGGGGUUUUAUAAAGAUUUAUAUCAAAAUGUUAUAGUUUUUGAUAAAGGUUAAUGUUUAAGGAAAAGAAAUAAAAUUAGUUUUGU